AUGACGGGGGCGUCGUCCACUCGCUCGUCCGCCGUGAGCGGACGCUUCGUGCUGCCGGACGUGGUCCUGCGUAAAGUGAUUAAGAAGCCGAUUUUCGAGAACUUUGACGAGUCGGCGUACCGUGUCAAGCCCCCGCCGCAGAUGUUGCGCUUUAUUGACGGCUUACGGUACCAUAAACCCACGCCCGAAGAGAAUGAAAAGCUGAAUCUCAGCAGUGCAACAGAACGGAUUUACCUGCACGUUUUAAACGACAUUUUGAUGAUGUGUGGGGCACGAAAAGGCGCGCGCUUUAGCUCGCAAGAUGUCAAUCGACUGCGUGCGAUUGCAGAAGGACUGAAAACGAGGUACGAAGCGGUGGACGAAACGUUUCGCACGCUUCCGACCGAGGCGAUGAAGUAUCGAUUUCACGAGAUCAAGAAACUCGAAGACGACCCGUCGCACUUUGACUUUCUGUCGAAUCGACGGCGACGAAGUUUGGUCCAGAUGAAUGUGCUGAAGCCUGAGGACCAAGUGAAGCGACAAGUCUUUCACUUUCAGUGGCUAGCGCGGCAAUAUGUGGUAACAUUUGCUCAGCUGAAAACGGCGAUGCUCGAGAUCAUUGAUCGCGUGCAGAAAGAUGUGGCUGCAUUGGGAGCGCCCUCAAUACCUACGCUUGCUGAUAUCAACGAUGCAGUAGAAGCAGAGUUUGAGGCAAAGACACACCGACCGUUUCCAACUUUCCUUCUCGUGUUGAUUCAGAAAUACCAUUGUGAACGGCGCGACCAAGAUGUGGCAUGGACAUCGCAUUCAGACGAAGCGCCUGUUGACUCCAUCGCACAGUUUUCUCUCUACUUGUCCAGCGUCUUGCUCCAGCCUGCACCGAUGACGGCUGCAGAGCUGCACAGUGCCCAAGUGAUCUUGCAAAUUAUCAAGGCGAAAUACCAGGUCGACUACCACUCCAUGAUCAUUUUGGUGACUAAGGUAGUACAAGCAGACGGCCAUGUGAUGGUGAACACGUCGUGUUGCUCAGAUGUAGAUAAAGAGACGGGCACUUCUAACCGAUCGGUGCGACGUCGCAGCAACGUCCGAGUACUCACGCACAAGACGUUGGGCUCUUUGCUCUAUUCCUUUUUGACGACAGUCCGAGAGUUGCGAUUGGUACCGCGCGAGAAAGAGCUUCUGAAGCGCGGAAUGAAGGCAAAGCAGACAACGGCCGUGGUGCACCAAUAA